AUGGAUACAUUUCUGCAAGCAUAUUUUCAAGAAAAGUCUUCACUUGGAUUUAAUUUCGAUAAUUCCCUAAGAAAUGAAAAAUUAAUUAAAGAUGGAAUUAAAGAAUUACCUGCUGUUAAGACUGGAACAACAAUUGUUGGAGUUGUAUGUAAAGAAUGUGUAGUAUUAGGUGCUGAUACUCGGGCUACUAAUGGUCCUAUUGUUGCAGAUAAAGAUUGUGAUAAGAUUCAUAGAUUGGCAGAUAAUAUAUAUGCUGCUGGAGCAGGUACAGCUGCAGAUUUGGAUCAUGUUACAUCUAUGAUUGAGGGUAAACUUGAACUAUUAAGAUUACAAAUGAAUCGUCAACCAAGAGUAUCAAAUGCUGUCUCUAUGUUUAGUAGGCAUUUAUACCCUUAUCAGGGAUAUAUUGGUGCACACUUAAUUGUUGCAGGAUCUGAUAUAACUGGGAAUUAUAUAUACCAAGUUUCUAAUUAUGGAAGUAUUAUGCAACACCCUUAUGUAUCAAUGGGUAGUGGUUCUUUAAGUGCAACUACUGUUCUUGAAUCAGGAUAUCGUGAUGGAUUAAAUCAAGAUGAAGGAACUGAACUUGUAGCUUCUGCAAUUAGAGCCGGUAUUUACAAUGAUUUAUAUAGUGGUAGUAAUGUUAAUAUACUUAUUAUUACUUCUAAAGAUGUCCACCAUUUUAGAUAUUUUGAUACUACUGCAGCUACAAGACUUUAUCGACAGCCUAAACUUACAGUUUUUCCUAAAGGAACUACACCACAAUUAAUGGAAAAAAUUGAGGAAUUAAAAGUUUUAUUAAUAGAAGACACUACAGUACAAGAUAUAUCUGAUGUUGUAAUGGCAUAG